CUCGGCCUCUUACCUCUCAUCCUCACGCCCCAUCCCUCACCCACCAUGGCGCCUGACGCAUCAGCCAAGCGCAAGCGCCCUUCUGCGCCGUCCAAGCCCGGCGGCCCCUCUUCCGCGCCCGCCGCGCCGAAGAAGAAGCGGCAGGCGCACGCCUCGCGCUCGCGCGGCGCCCGCACGCUCAAGCGCCAGAGCGAGGAUGAGGAGAUCGCGGCGCUCGACCGCCGGUGUAAGGAGCUGGCGAGCGAGGAGAAGCAGCUGGCGCGCUUCGAGGAGCUGCCGCUGUCGGCGCGGACACUGAAGGGUCUCAAGCGUGCUGCUUUCGUCGAUAUGACGCCCAUCCAGACGCUCGCUCUGCCCAAGGCGCUCAGCGGCCGCGACGUGCUCGGCGCCGCGCGCACCGGCUCGGGCAAGACGCUCUCCUUUCUCAUUCCCGUGCUGGAGCGCCUCUAUCGCCUCAAGUGGGGCCCGGCAGAUGGCCUGGGCGCGUUGAUCAUCUCGCCGACGCGCGAGCUGGCGAUGCAGAUCUUCGACGUGCUCCGUUCUAUCGGCGGCGCGCACACCUUCUCCGCCGGCCUCAUCAUCGGCGGCAAGGACGUGGCGACUGAGAAGGCGCGGCUGAGCCGCAUGAACAUCCUCGUGGCCACGCCUGGCCGGCUGCUGCAGCACAUGGACGAGACGCUCGGCUUCGAUGCGGGCAACGUGCAGCUGCUCGUGCUCGACGAGGCAGACCGCAUCCUCGACAUGGGCUUCCAGAACACGCUCGACGCCGUCGUGCAGAACGUGCCCAAGUCGCGCCAGACGCUGCUCUUCUCCGCGACGCAGACGAAGCGCGUCAAGGACCUUGCGCGCCUCAGCCUCGUCGAGCCCGAGUACGUGGCGGUGCGCGACAAGGAGGGCGAGCAGGAGGGCGCAGUGCCCAAGUCGCUCAGCCAGCACUACAUGGUCGUGCCGCUGGAGAAGAAGCUCGACGUGCUCUACUCGUUCGUGCGCAUGCAUCUGAAGAACAAGACGCUCGUCUUCCUCAGCUCGUGCAGACAGGUGCAGUUCGUGCAUGAGACGUUCUGCCGGCUGCGGCCAGGUCUUUCGGUGCUCUGCCUGCACGGCAAGCAGAAGCAGGCCAAGCGGCUGCAGAUCUUCACCGAGUUCUCGCGCGCGCAGCAUGCCGUGCUGCUCGCCACCGACAUUGCCGCGCGCGGGCUCGACUUCCCUGCCGUCGACUGGGUGCUGCAGAUCGAUGCACCGGAGGACGCCGACACUUACGUGCACCGCGUGGGCCGCACUGCGCGGUAUCAGAGCAAGGGCAAUUCGCUCCUCUUCCUGCUGCCGAGCGAGGAGCAAGGCGCGCUCGCGGCGCUCGAGAAGAAGCGCAUCGCGCCAGAGAAGAUCAAGGCGCGCGAGAGCAAGACGCAGAGCAUCGCCAACCAGCUGCAGAGCUUCCUCUUCCAGGAUCCGGAGCUCAAGUACCUCGGCCAGAAGGCAUUCGUCUCCUACGUCCGCUCGGUGCACCUGCAGCGCGACAAGGCCACGUUUGACGUCACGGCACUGGCGUUGGACAAGUUUGCCGGCGCUCUUGGCCUGCCUGGUGCGCCCAAGGUCAAGUUCGUGCGUGAGGCACAAGCAGCGAAGAAGAAGGCUGCCAAGCUGGAAGCCAAGGCUGCGAAGCAGGCGGCGAUCGAUGGCGACGAUGACGCCGCGGCAGACCCGGCGAAGGUGCGGACCAAGUACGACCGCAUGUUCGAGCGCCGCAACCAGGGCGUGCUCAGCGAGCACUAUGCCAAGCUGGUCCAGGACGAGGACGACUCUGCAAGCUCAGGAGAGGGCGAAGCGAGCGGCUCUGAGGACGAGGAGGACAGCGACGCCGAGAGCAGCGUCGCUUCGGCGGCCCAAGACGAGCUGGUCGGCGGCAACGGCGAUGAUGAGCUGCUGGGCGGUGCAGCGGACGACGACGGCGACUUCAUCACGCUGAAGCGCGCCGACCACGCGCUCGAGUCCGAUGACGAGGCGCCGUCGACGCACCUCUCGAAGCGCGCGCUUGCGAUGGGCACCAGCAAGAAGGCCAUGGCCGCCGCAGGCAAGCGCGGCCAAGGCGAGAAGGUCAUCUUCGACGAGGAAGGCCGCGCACAUGCGCUCUACGAGCUGCAGGACGAGCUGGCGUUCCGCAAGGACGGCGACGCCAAGUCGCUCGCGCAGCGCUUCAUCGAGGAGGAGGGCGCGCGCCUCAAGGAGAAGGACGCCGAGGACAAGGAGCGCGUGCGGGCACGCAAGCGCGAGCGCCGCCGGCUGCUGCGCGAGCGGGAGCGCGAGGAGCGCGGCGAUGAGCCCAAGGGCGGCGCAGGUGUGGAGCUGGCGCCGCUGGAGGACGACGACGGGUACGAGACGCCGGACUUUGUCUUGCCGGGCGACAGCGGGGCGGAGGACGGCAGCGAGAGCGACGAGGCUACCAGCGAGGACAGCGAGGCAGAGGAGGAGGCAAGCCGGCCGGCCAAGAAGCGCAGGGCCGCGAAGCCCGCGGGGGGCGAUCUGGAGAGCGACGAGGCGCUGGCGCUGCGCCUUCUUGGCGAUGCGUGAGCGGUCCGGCUCGAGCCUCAAUGUACUUCUAGCGUGUA